UAAAGCCAGACGUUCAGCCUUCUUCGGUCAGUAUCGUGAUACAACUAAAGCACUAUGAGUGGACGCGGAAAGGGAGGUAAAGGACUCGGGAAAGGAGGCGCCAAGCGUCACCGUAAAGUUCUCCGCGAUAACAUCCAGGGAAUCACUAAGCCCGCUAUCCGCCGCCUGGCUCGCCGCGGUGGAGUUAAGCGUAUCUCCGGCCUCAUCUACGAGGAGACCCGCGGUGUGCUCAAGGUUUUCCUGGAGAACGUUAUCCGUGAUGCCGUCACCUACACCGAGCACGCCAAGAGGAAGACCGUGACCGCCAUGGAUGUGGUGCGCUGUGGAACACUGUGAAAAGAAAAGCCUGUUCUUGAUUACUAUUUUCUGCCAUUUGAAUGCAGGAUCAUUAAAAGUGAUUUCCAAUCAGCUGUGGUCUGGCUGUGGUCACUCUUCUACAAGACACAACGCAGAAUCAGCUACGCUACAAAACUGGUGCCGUGACCUGUCGUCUGGUCAGCUGAAGCCGACCGCUGGUGUUGUUGGUCGACGCCUUCUGGUUCCAUCUGCUCCUUGGAGACGCUGUCAGUGCUGAGUUCUUCGGACACUGUUGGUUGGGUUCUUUUUCGUUUUUUUUGUUUUUUUUACACUGGACUUGGUCAUGUCUUAUUCCCAUAAAGGACAACAGUGAGGACUCCUCAUGGAGGGUCAGAAUGUGAAUGAAAUGUCAACUCCUAGUCAUAGAGAAUUUUCCAUGGGUAGGGGGAGAGGGGUCUUGCAGCUAGCAGCUGCUAUGCAGUCUACUCCAGAAAAUCCAGGGGCUUUGGGCUCAAAAUUUUCUGGGUCUAGGAGGCAAAAGAGGUUUGAUGACCUGCCUAGUCAAACUUUAAGUUUCACUCCAGGUUUGAGCCCAGUGACUCCUUCGUCCUCUCAAGCGUUUUCUUCUGAUGGAGAAGCGGCCUCUGCCCGACUAACUGAUCUAAUCAGAUCCAUUGGGUCAGAAAUAGGAGAGUCCAUCAAAAUGUCCUUAAUGCGGAACGCCGCUUCGGAGCCUUCACCUGUCUCGACCCUGGAUCACAACAAGAACACUUCACAAUCGUUUCAAGGUUGCACUACUGUUAUUGAUGCAUCAAAACUUAAUCUUGUACUACGCUCUGAUGUUGAUGUUCCACCCUAUUUCAGGGGUGACAAGUCUGAUAAAUGUUCUGUUUUUGAGUGGGAAGACCUCAUGCGAGUCUAUCUUCGACAGAAAACUUCCACUGAUGCUGAACAGGUUGAAGUGGUUAUGAACAGAUUGAUGGGGAGGGCAAGAGAUGUUAUUAAAGUUUGGAUGCGUAGUAAUGCAAAUGUUACUGAUGUUUCUAUUAUCUUUAACAACCUCAGGCAACAUUUUGGUGACACUGUUCAUUCAGACCUGCCUCUAGCUGACUUUUAUGCUAGCACGCCAUACACAAACGAGGGACCUCUUGAUUACUGGAUAAGGCUUAACAAAGCUGCAGAGGUGGCUGAACGGUGGUUGACUAGUAAGGGGGAAUUAAUGACUGACCUGAGUUCACACCUGGUUCUCAUGUUUAUUCGCCAUUGUCCUGACAGAGAGCUGGCGCUGGUUUUUAAAACCAAGCCUUCCCGCGACUGGACAGCUAGUGAAAUACAAGACCAUUUGGAUGAGUAUUUAAGAGACCAUAUGGUUGUUCAGAGCCAUGGGAAACAGAAAGUGGCAGUUACUACUCUUUCACAUGAGGGGGCGGCUGUCAAUGAACAAACUGUGUUGCCCACUGCUAGACGUGUUUCGGAACCAGAGUGUUCCAAAACAGACAUUGAAAACACCACAAUGGACAGGGUCUUGAGUCUAUUGGAGACUGCUCUUAUCAGUAACACACAGGCUAUAAGCAACAGGCCCAAUAAGCAGAUCUCUAGACGCUCACAGAAAUGCCAGGUUUGUGGCAACCUGCAACAUGAUACUAGGUCACAUUGUAGGAUGCACAGAUUAUGCUUUCGAUGUUUCUCUCCAGAGCACAUCAGUGUUCACUGUACUCAAACUCAGAAACCGCAAACACACCCAAUUGGUCAGAGACAAACUGAUUCGCCUCAGGAAAACUAGAUGGCCCUCAUUUAGCGGGGGAUGGUGUGGGCCUCUGUAGUGUUUCCCCCAAUUUCGACGAUGACAUCCAGACUGUGUACAUGAUGGCUUGUGAUACAGUAUCUAAUGAUAAAACUGUCAUUUUCCAAAAUGUGGCAAAACUGCCUAUCAGUGACAGCCUAUUUUUCACUACAGUGUUAGUUGGCAACAAGAUUGAGCUGCGGGGGAUGUUAGAUAGCGGGUCUAUGGCUACAUCUGUACGUGGAGACAUGAUCCCUCAGCUACGUGAGGCAGGAGUAGUGAUGGGAGAGGUAAUCCCUCCCACUAAUAUUGUUUUGGUUGGGUGUGGUGGCAAACAGACUAUUCCAGUGGGCAUCUGUGAACUGAAACUUAAGCUGUUUGGGUUUGACUAUGUUGUUCCAGUUUUGGUGGUUGAUGGUCAGGCUGAUGAGCUCAUUGUUGGCACGAAUGUGAUGAAACCGCUCAUGAAACAGUUUAAGUCUGACGGGGCCUAUUGGCGGAUACUGAGUAGACCUGACUCCACCUGUUUGGAUGAAAAUAGCAAGUUUGUCAGAUUUUUGGCCAACCUCGAACGGUGGAGGGGGGAGGAAAUCCCGGAAAAAGUUGGGACUGUCAAACUUAAGAAGGCUGUGACUCUUGAACCGAUGAGUGAGCAUGUGGUGUGGGGCCGCCUGCCACCUAAGACUGAACUCUCUGUGGGGAGUACUGUUGUUGUUGAACCGAGCACUUCACGCUGCGUGCACCGUAGUGUGAUGGUCGGCAGAGUGGUUACUCCACUUUGGGGAGGAGGGUGGCUUCCUGUGAAGGUCAUCAAUCCUACUAUGUCUCCAAUCGUGUUGAGAAGGAAUGCUAAGGUGGCUGACGUGUAUCCAUGCAUUGCCUUGGAGGAUUUUGAUGGUGGUUUGGAGGUGAGAGUACAUCAGAAUGUGUGUAGGGCAGGAAGCUCUCAUGGCAGCCUUACAGCUGAGUCAAGUCGCAGUGUUAGUACAAUAGGUGGACCUGACAAAUUGGCUGAUUUGGGGUUGCAGAAUCUGUCUGUUGGCGACUGUGAAGUUUCUGAACAUUGGAGAGAAAAACUGACUGACUUGGUUGUACAGUAUGAAGACGUGUUUUCGAGACAUCACUUGGACUGCGGUAAGGCUGCUGAGUUUUGCCAUCGCAUCAGACUUACCGAUGAACGCCCUUUUCGUCUGCCUUAUCGUAGGCUUUCUCCGGCUCACUACCAAAAGUUGAGAGAGACUUUAGAUGAUAUGGAAGAGCGUGAGAUCAUCAGGAAGUCGAGCAGUGAGUAUGCUUCUCCACUCGUUCUUUGCUGGAAGAAAAAUGGUGACUUGAGGUUGUGUACGGACUUCAGAUGGUUGAACGCCCGUACAGUCAAAGAUGCGCACCCUUUACCGCAUCAAGCUGACAUCCUUGCAGCGUUGGGAGGUAAUGCAUUCUUUAGCUCAAUGGACUUGACUUCGGGAUAUUACAAUGUCCCUCUUCAUGAGGAUGAUAAGAAAUACACUGCUUUCUCCUCUCCUCUCGGACUGCAUGAGUAUAACCGCAUGCCACAGGGUCUGUGUAACAGCCCGGCCACUUUUAUGCGAAUGAUGCUCACGAUUUUUGGUGACCAGAACUUUUUAAGCCUUCUUUGUUACUUGGAUGAUCUGCUGGUUUUUGGCAAGUCUGAGGGGGAAAGCCUGCAGAGACUUGAGAUGGUGUUCCAGCGGCUAAGGGAACAUAACCUGAAGCUGUCUCCGUCCAAGUGUCAGUUUUUGAGAAAGUCAGUCAAGUUCUUGGGUCACAUUGUUACAAGAGAAGGUAUUGCAACAAACCCUGAUAAAGUGCAGGCAAUUGUAGGCGUGUCAGAAGCGGAUCUUAUGGAACCUGAUGGCAUCACGCCAUCUCCUAAGAAGAUUCGUUCUUUUCUUGGAAUGGUGGUGUAUUAUCAGCAUUACAUUGAGAACUGUUCUGUGAUUGCCAAGCCACUAUUUCAACUGACUACAGGGACUGCCAAGCCACGGAGGGGAAAGGGCAGAAAGAAACAAGCUUUGUCGCGUAAGCUUGUCGCGGCUGAUUGGACCCCGGAAUGUAGCGAGGCAAUUAGGACUUUGAAAGCUGCAUUGACGGAGCAGGUUCUUCUUGCCCACCCCGACUUUACAAAGCCCUUUCUGCUCUCUGUUGAUGCGUCAUCUUCUGGAUUAGGAGCUGUGCUGUCACAGGUACAAGAUGGCCACAACAUUGCCAGGCCUAUUGCCUUUGCUAGUAAGUCGUUGAAUCAUGCUCAGUCCAAAUACCCGGCUCAUAGGCUUGAGUUUCUCGCCAUGAAAUGGGCGAUUCAUGAUAAGUUUAGUCAUUGGCUGCGUGGACAUAAAUUUACUGUUUGGACUGACAACAACCCUCUGAAAUACAUUCUUACCAAGCCGCGGUUGGACGCUUGCGAACAGAGGUGGGUGGCCAAACUGGCCCCCUUUGAUUUUGACAUUCAGUAUAUUCCAGGGCCGCGAAACGUUGUGGCAGAUGCAUUGAGCAGGGAACCAUUUGUUCAGCACAAGAUGAUGCACCGUUUGACGAGGAUUCCUUAUGGCACUCUGUUGGAAGAGGCCAGAGGUUUGUUGGUGGAAGAUGUUCAGAACACGUUUCGCCUUUCUCGGGAAGAGUCUAUGGAUGAGAAGCGCAAGCUCACUUCUUCCAACCAGGGCUCUGUCACAGGCAGUUUGAACGUUAAGGACAAAGGUGGAAAAAUUUCUCAGGAUGAGGUGUCAGCCUUAUUUGAGUCUCACCGAUGUUGGAGUGAAGGUGCGGAAAUGAGGGCAACCUGCUACACCCAACAGCUGGAGACACUGUUGCCAGUGGGGCAGAGCCCACUGCCUGUCCUCAACCAUGAGGAGUUGUUUGAUAAGCAGUGUCAGGAUCCUGUGGUCAGUCGGGUUUCUUUCUAUGUGAACAGGGGAAGUCGACCAUCCCGACGUGAGCGCAUUCAUGAAUCGCGGGAAACAAACCGUACAUUGCGACAGUGGGGUAAACUCACGACACGGCUGGGUGUAUUGUACAGAGUUUCUAAACAGGUGGUGAGCAAGAAGAAAGUGUUUCAAUAUGUGGUCCCAGUUGCUUUGAGAGGUCAGGUGUUGAAAGGAGUGCAUGAUGAUGCAGGCCAUCAAGGUCAACAGCGCACACUGUGGCUGGCCAGACAACGCUUUUACUGGGAUUCAAUGGAACACGAUGUCAAAGAAUAUGUGAGUCAUUGCAAGAGAUGUGUUCUGAGCAAAGCACCCGAACCUGAGGCCAGGGCUCCGCUUGUUUCUGUUGUCACAUCAGCACCACUAGAAUUGGUUUGUAUUGACUUCUGGUCGGCGGAGGAUGUCAAUAACAAGUCCAUCGACGUUCUAGUGGUGACAGAUCAUUUUACCAGGCUCGCAUGUGCUUACCCAUGUCCAAAUCAGUCUGCCAAGGCGGUGGCCCAUGUGUUAUGGAAUAAUUUUUUUUCCAUAUACGGGUUUCCAGCUUGUAUUCAUUCUGACAGAGGGGCUAACUUCGAGAGUUCCCUCAUUGCCGAGCUACUCCAGAUGGCCGGUGUUCGUAAGAGCCAUACCACCCCUUAUCAUCCUGCGGGAAAUGGCCAGGCGGAACGUCUAAACCGCACCCUGGGUAGCAUGAUCCGUGCUUUGACUCCUCGGGCAAAGGCAAAAUGGCCUAAGAUGCUAAACACACUAACUUUUGCCUAUAAUUGCACUGUACAUGAAACUACAGGUUUUCCACCCUUCUUUUUAAUGUUCGGGCGAACUCCUAGGUUACCUGUUGAUGUGAUGUUUGAAAGUGUUCUCUUAGACGGAGAGACUGCUGACAUGGACAAAUAUGUUCAGUCAUUGGGCACGGACCUCAGGGAAGCAAUGACUUUGGCUCAGCGGCAUGCUGAGAAGCAGCAAUUGAGACAAGCCGAGGUGUAUAACCGAAAGAUUAAGGGACAUUCUUUGGAGAAGGGAGACAGAGUUUUGAUGGCUAACAAAGGGGAACGGGGAAAAAGAAAACUGGCUGAUCGUUGGAAGGAUACGGUUUACAUUGUGGUCCAUAAGAACAGUGAACUGAACACCUAUGUUAUCCGUCACCCUGUUACGGGACGAGUUAGGACAGUUCAUAGGAAUCUGAUCAUGCCUGUAAACUUCUUACCUUUGCCAUCAUGGGAUGAUUCUGUGACUCAGGUUUCUUUUUCUAACACAGUUUCGGAAGGUGGGUCGUCAGAUGACGUAGUUCCAGGUGAGCGGGACAGUGACGCUCGAACAGCUCACUGGGUUUCCUCCCUUCCAGAGUCUAGUGUGGUGAUGACCGCAGGUGAAGUGACAAAAGCUAGUGGAUCUGAAGCGAUUGAAGGGAAUGAUGAUAGUGUUCAGGGUGGAGGGAUCGUGUCUGUCUGUGGGGACCAUAGGAGCAUUUUGGAUGAGGCGGAUCAUGGGUCGCAGAGCUCACACUCUGAGGAUAACGUUAGUGAUCGGCUGUCAAACUCUGUCAGCAUAGGCUUACACCCAAGUGACACUGUAGGUUCAACCAAAGCCAUUAGUGGUACACAUGUGUCUGGAUGUGACUCAGUCGUUCCGGUUGUACCCUCAGGGAUUCCUUCGGUUGUUCGAGGGGAAGGAAUACGGACAAGACUGGGUAGACUUAUCAAACCUGUUAACAGGUUGAUUCAGACAAUGUCCACACAAAGAGUUAAGAUUUUGUCAUAGAUCCUUCAGGGGUCAUUUAUUUUGUUAUAUGGGUAAUUUAUUUCUUUUUCUUCUUUGUUGGGACUUCUUUCACUAGGGGUCUGGUCAUAAUUUUAUUUGGGUUGUCCAUUGCACUGGACACAUUUGGGUGAUUUUGGGUGUACUCUAUGAUAGAUGUGUAAGUGGCAUGUCUUCUAUGGUGAGGUGGGGACUUAGCUACCCCUCAUCUUCCCUAAUUCUUCAUUGAAUAGCUCUUAGCUGGUCGACCAUUUUGGUCUUGUAUGGAGGGUAUACUUGGGUUACAUGUAUUGUGGUCAGGUUUGUAAAUUUAUUUUUUAUUUUUUUCUCUCCUGGUGUGUUUAUUUUUUUGUGUUUUAUUUUGUUUUUUAUUUGGGUAGCGUGCCCGCAAUCUAGUGUAAAACAGUGGGGGUGAAUGUAGCAGUGUGAUGUUAUUACACUAGAUUGUAAAGUGAGAAGCUAUUCCGGUAGGAAAUUAUAUGAGCACCGACAGCUUUUAUUUUGAAAAGACGACCAAUCCAUUUCAAAACAGUGGGUAACUUCCUGUCCCAAAAUUAUUAUCUUUAUUCAAAUUUAAUAUGUUGUGAAUAAAACUGUGAAUUAUUACCUUUAAUGUUUAACAUAUUGAGUUCAUAGAUUGUUGUUUAAAGUAUCAGUUCGAAAUUUAAAAAGAAAAGUUAUCGGGUCAUACCAUUAUAAUCUGUGAAAGGUUUUCCCACGCUUUCCGUCGCGCUCUUUCUGUUCGGAUUCCGUGGGAGAAGGUAUGAAGUUUUGCUUUUUGUGUUUAAUAAGUGUAUUUUAAGUGUAAUAAGGGUUAGUUUUACUACUGUUUUUGUAAAACAAUGGGUGCUGAAGCACUUAACCUGCAGUUAGCAGUUAUCUAGCUGCUCUUCUGAUACAUGAAACAUUGCUCCAUCCAUGUGCUGAAAAUAGUAUUGUUCAUGAUUAAACAGGCGCUGUGGAACACUGUGAAAAGAAAAGCCUGUUCUUGAUUACUAUUUUCUGCCAUUUGAAUGCAGGUAUGUGAUGUUUCAUUAUUAUUUUUGGUGGGAUUAUUUGGUUUAAUUAUUCUGUUUAAUUAUUUCUUUUCUUAUUCAUGUACUGUUUAAGAUUAUUAUGUCCAUGUUUGGGCUUAGUUAUUAAUUAGUGUUGCAAUUGUUUUUAUUUUGCAAGGUAAAUGUGUUACUUUACACAAGUCACACGCUCCUUUCUGUUCGGAUUCCGUGGGAGAAGGCGCUGUGGAACACUGUGAAAAGAAAAGCCUGUUCUUGAUUACUAUUUUCUGCCAUUUGAAUGCAGGAUCAUUAAAAGUGAUUUCCAAUCA